AUGGAGUCAGACAUUUUGCAAACCCCCCAGGAAAUAUUCAACUGUUUCAUUUGCCAGAGCAUCUUUAUGGAUCCAGUCUUCUUAAGGUGUGGCCAUACCUUCUGCAAGGCCUGUCUUAUCCUUUCUUCAGAAGAUGUUGGAAUCCCUGACCUCUGCCCUAUAUGUAGGCAACCAUCCAAUUGGACAUUCAGAAAUAGCAUCACUAUCUGUUACCUGGUAUCUGCUGUGAGAAAAAACAGGCUCAUGAAGUAUUUGCAUUCUCAGGAUCAAAAGUGCAUGACCCACAAGGAGAGAAAGACGACAUUCCCUGGUGAGAGCAGGGUCCUCCUCUGUCAAUUGUGUUCUGACACCCAGAAUCACAGAGGUCAGAGACACUGCAUCAUUGAAGUGCAUGUUUGUAUGCAAAUGAUGAAACUUGAAAAUAAAAUGGCAUCUUUAUUGAAGAAGAUCCAAGAACAGCAGGAGACUCUAAAUGCAGAGAGGAGAACAAUCUUUCAGUGGUUGCACUAUGUGGCCCUACGGGGGGAAAUGAUCAGGUCAGAGUAUAGCAAACUACAUCCACCCCUCAAAGAAGAAGAGAAUCAAUAUAUGGUGUGUAUGAAAAAUCAAAGCAACACUAUUUUAGAGGAGUUCAAGAAAAGUGAAGCCAUGAUGGUCCACAAGAGGAGUCAACUAAUAGAAAUGUAUCAGAAGCUGAAGGCAAUGUCUCAGAAGCCAUAUGAGGUGCUGCUGCUGCAGGAUUUGGAUGACUUGUUCAGAAGGAGUGAGUUAGUGCUGCUGACACAGAGAAUGAAACCAAAACUCAGUGCCCAUCCUAAUACAGGGCUGACUGCAAGGUUCAAGUACUUCCAAGUGAAGGUUUUCUUUCAAAAUUUGAUCAUAUACAACUGUUACCCAAGCUUAGUUUUUGGUGUCAGAAGAUUCACCUCUAGACCUUGCAAUGAACAUCCAUUUCUGGCUGUACCUGAAUCCUAUCGUGCUUCCUGGGGAGCAGAGAGCUUUACCACUGGAAAACAUUACUGGGAGCUGGAUUUGAAGGACCAUGAGCAAUGGGCUGCAGGGGUCUGUGACAAUGUCUGGUUAAAAAAGAGAAAUUUUGAGAUUGGAUCUGAAGGAGCAUUUCUUCUUGUGUGUUUGAAGGACGGUGAUCAUUACAGUCUCCUCACUACCUGCCCAACAUUUCAUCACCACAUAGAGAAACCAACUGGUCAGGUUGGCGUGUUCCUUGAUUGUGAGGGUGGAUGUGUGAGUUUCCUGGAUGUAACCCAGAGUUCCCUCAUAUACAGCUACUGCCCUGGAACUUUCCAUUGCACUGUCAGGCCUUACUACUGUACUGUCUACACAUGA